AUGCCGUUCAAAAACCAGAGACCAGAGGAACGCGGCAAUGCGUCGGUGUUAGCCGCAGCAUACGAUUUCUACAAUGAGAAGCAGUCCAGUGUCUACACUACACCAGCAAAUGCCAGUAUUCAGAAAGAUAUGACAAGACAUGCCCUGAAGCUGUUGCAAUUGGAGUCGAAGGAAUUGACGCAUUCUACUACAAAGGAUAAUGUUUUCUUUCUGUUAGACUUGGGUGCAGGCUCCGGGUUGAGCACAAAAGCAGCUCAGGAGUGGUUCAGAGAGAGAGAAAUCGCAGUUUUUAUCUUGGCGUUCGACAUCAGUGUGCCGAUGUUGUCUCUAGCUUUACAGGAAGAGGAACAUGAGUCUCACGAGACUCAAGUGUGUGCUGAUUUUUAUUGUGGCAAUGCUGAACAAAAAUUGCCAAUUCGAGACGGACUUCUGGAUGCUGCAAUUGGGAUCUCUAUGUUGCAAUGGAUGCAAUCAGAGGGGCUCGAGAUUUGUUUCUCGUCGCUGUUGAAACAACUUUCUGGUAUGCAAAAUACUCGAGCGAUUUUUCAAGUUUACCCAUCAAGUUUGACGUACGUGGACACUAUGGAGAAGACGGCUUUGCGUGUGGGAUUCAAGCGUGCCGAAAUGUUUGUGUCGUUUCCUCAUAGGACGACGGCAAAAAAGUGGUUUUUCUGUGUCGAAAAGCUGAAGAGCGUAGAAGUGGAUGAACAGGAGAAAUGCGGAAAGAAGCAUGAGCUGUGUUUGUUUGCUAGGCGAUAUGAGAAACGCUGUGUGCUGCAGUGGCUUGGGAAAGAGAGUGAGGGUAUGAACGAGAUUCGGGAGCGAGUUGAGAAGGAGCACGUAAAAACAGCUUGGCACAUUUGGCGGAAAUAUCGACGGUCACUUGUGGAUGAUGUAUCAGCAGCUACACGAUCAAAUAGGUCAGAGGUUGUGCAUGCGAAAGCUCAACAAUCACUCGAGCUUUACCCAAGUGACAAAGCCAUUGGACGGGCAAUGCAGAUACAGUUUGAAGAAAGAGCAGGGAUACUCUCACUUUCGUUUCUGCUCCAGCAUACAGCAGAAGUUGUUGACGUGUUCCACUUGGCUUACACCGAGGCCAAAAAGGCAGAGCUUUAG